AUGGAAAAUCCAAAAUUAUUCUACAGCUACAUAAGAAGCAGCACACGAAACAGAGAUCCAAUCCCCCUCCUGAAGACAAGCGGAGACGUAGAGAUUAGUGAGGAUGGAGAAAAAGCUGAGCACUUUUCACAAUUUUUCAAAUCCAUCUUUACUACUGAAAGUCCAUUUACUCCUCCCGACUACGACUUCGAUGAGGGUCCAAAAAUUGAGUCUGUAUCUUUUGAUGAAGCGACGGUUCGCAAAGAGCUAAUGACGCUAAAUGAGUCGAAAUCACCAGGUCCAGACGACAUACCGCCUAAGUUACUGAAGGAGCUCGCUGCCGAACUAGCCAAACCAUUGUCCAUGAUUUUCCAAGCCUCUUUCGAAGCCGGCUGCUUGCCCGCCGACUGGAAAUCUGCGCGGAUCACACCACUGCAUAAAGGAGGCAGCAAGGCCUCUGCAAAUAAUUAUAGGCCAAUUAGCCUCACCUCCAUCUGCUGCAAACUCAUGGAGAAAAUAAUCAAGCGAGAGCUAAUGCGCUUCCUAGAGCAGCAUAAUUUAUUAUCUGAUGCGCAGCAUGGGUUUCGUAGUGGCAGGCCUUGCGUGACUAACUUGCUCAACUGUUUGGAACGUUGGACUCGGUCAGUUGAUGAAGGCAAUGCGCUGCAUGUAGUCUAUAUCGACUUUAAAAAGUCAUUUGAUAGUGUCCCACAUCAGCGACUCCUGCACAAACUGAGCCGAACAGGCGUUAGGGGUAACCUCUUAAAAUGGAUUCAAAGCUUCCUAUUAGACCGUUGUCAAACUGUCCAUGUCGGUUGCCAGAAGUCGACGGAGGUUGCCGUUGAAAGCGGUGUUCCCCAAGACUCAGUUCUUGGUCCUACUUUGUUCAUCAUUUACGUCAACGAUUGCGUGAGUGAACUGGAUUGUGGUGUCGCCAUGUUUGCGGAUGACAUAAAGCUCUGGAGCGUCAUUCGAACUGCAGAUGACGAAGAGCAUCUGCAGGCGAACCUAAACUGA